CGUCUAUUGUCGGACAGUGCGGUUGUGUCCUGUCCCUGUAGUGAUGUGACGUGAAGUGUGCUACGAUACAUAGUGAUGUGCUUUGUGACAUUCUAGGGAUCUUUGGGUUCCGUACAUGGCAGCCGUCCGACGUAAACACAAAGUCGAAAUGAGAUGAGUAUGCGCGUGUCGUGGGCAAGGUGGUGCUGGAUAGUUAUCUUCACAACGUGCACUGCAAGGACAGCCAGUGAUUGGCUCGAUUGCUCCAACAUAUCCACCAGCUGCCACUGCAAGUGGUCAUCCGGCAAAAAGACCGCCUGGUGCGCCUCUGGCGAUCUACGCCGCCCACCCACUCUCUCAUCAGAUAUCCAAGUCCUAGAUCUACAUGACAACCCUCUCCGAAACCUACCGCAAGAAGUUUUUGUCAACAUUGGCCUAAUAAACUUGCAGCGUUUGAACUUAAGGGCAACUAAACUAAGAUCUAUACAUCCCGAUGCGUUUUUAGAAUUAAGGAUUUUAAUUGAAGUUGAUUUAGCUGAUAACGACCUUGCUAUACUACCAAGGGAUAUAUUCAGAGGGAACGAAAGAUUGCGCUUAGUUGUCUUAAGCAAUAAUCCUUUGACAGCCCUAAUUUCUGAUCAGUUCCCACCGCUGCCCCAUUUGCGAAUGUUAUUGUUAGAUGGCUGUAGAUUGAGAACAAUACAUCCCAAUGCACUACGAAAUUUGAAAUCACUAGAAACAAUAGAUCUACGCAGAAAUCAACUUACAUAUCUACGCUUGGCAACAUUCUCCUUGCCAGCACUGAAAACUAUGUCACUAUCUGGAAAUCCCUGGAAGUGUGAUUGUAGAUUACGUGAAUUUAAGGACUGGUUUCUAGAGAGUAAAUUAGGGACAGAAGAACUAGUUUGCGUAGAGCCAUCUACGCAGUCAGGGAACAAAUGGCGUAACGUGCCUGGUGAGGUCAUGACGUGCCCACCUGAAGUGAAAUCGAGUACAUUAGUUGUAAGAGCAGAAGUUGGAGAAACUGCGACAUUUGGUUGUUGGGUACAGGGCAUUCCUAAGCCUAAAGUAACAUGGUUGUUUGAUGGUGUAGUUUUACAUAAUAGUAGUGUGGAUUGUGAUUUAGAAGAAACAGAAACUAUAAUAGAAGAUAACAAUUUUGAAGAAAGAGUACCAGGUAGCGCGAGAUGGGUUAAUAUAACUUUAUAUAACGUGACUUCAAGUGCAGCUGGUGAAUGGACCUGUUUAGCAAAAAGCAUAGCUGGAGAAACGCGUGCUGUUAUUAGUUUGGUCUUACCUAGGUCCCAGACAGCAACAGCGCGAACCGCACCUGGUAUACCACAGUUAUUAGGUGUAGUAUUUGGUGCAUUGGGUGCACUUACUGCUCUUGGUUUUGUUGCAGCAGUUGCCUGUUGGCAUUUUAGAAAAAGAACAGUUCCACCAAGUCGAAGUUUUAUGGACCAAGAGAAACGUUUGAUAGAUGCUUCGGUGGUUGUUAGUUGUGAUCGCUCUUUAGCUGACAUGGCAUCUCCAUGCAAUUUUGAAUUAACUGAAAGAUCUUUAUCUAUUGAUGAGCAGCCACGGAAUUGUGGUUUUGAACCUGUACACAUAACUAUUGAAGGUACUCCCGGAGCAUUUCCACCGCCUCCAGCCGAGUUCGCGGUGCCUGUACCAUAUGGAAAUAUAUUUAUAUCAGUUCAAGUAGCUGGUAGAGGUGAGCCUGUGAAAUAUCCAGAUUUAUUAGGUGGGGGAGCUACUCUACCUCGACGAACAAAAACAUGCUGUGGUGCUCCAGCCUAUGACAACAUGGGACCUAGAGUAACAGCAACUGGCAGUUCAUCAACGUGGUCGUUACCAGGACCAACAUCAGAAAACGAGCCAUCUGAAACACCCGUAUUAUCCCUUCCACCUCCACCGCCUGAAUUUGUGUCCCUUUAGCCAAGGCCAUUGGUACUGGACGCCUCAAAUUUGAGGUGACCUGGUACCCUACAGUAAUGUCAAUUAGACUAUUCCCAAAUUUUAUUAAAUUGAAUACCUAUUUGAAAUGGAUGAUUUAAUUUGUAAAUAGCGUGCGUGAGCGAUGUGUGACAUCCUGUGAGAUUUAAAUAUAAGAUUGUUAUCAAUAUUACGAGUCUGUAAACAAACUUGUUAUUCGUAUGUUGGGAUGGUAAUGAAGUACUUAGUCUUGACUUAUUUGUUUACUAGUUGUUCCUUUACGUCUUUGCAUGUUGUCUUCCCAACUUUUGUAAAUAUUGUUUAUCAUGUAAUACAAUCUUCCCAAAUAUAAGACUGAUCCCUUUGUCUUAUUUUCGUCUCUAUACUCUUGUGUAUAAAGCUAAUUUUGACUUAGACAGACGAUAGCUUCUAAUUUUAUUUGAAAGCAUAUGAUGUAAAA